UAAUCAGAUAAAACAAUCAUUUUUUUCCCCCUCUGGGUUUUGACAACCACCGGCCUGUAGAUUAAACACACGUAGCCAUGAGAUAAUACACUUUUAAAACGUGUCACGAGUAUAUUCUCCAUCCAUCAAAGCUAUUUAAAGUUGAGGAAGGUAAAUCUUCGCUUCUCAGCCUACAAUCCUCGGCCACAUUUGAGCCAAUGGUAGGACGAAUGGGACUGCUUUAGCCAAUGACAAACUAGUCUGAGUACGCACUCCGUCGGACGACGACGGUCAUGGACUGGAGUAGUGUCCUUUUCGGUGUAACAAACUUUUAGCAUUUAGUUUCGAUACGGACAACACGGAGUGAGGUGGGGGAGCUGCUUUGAGCAGUAAUGGGGGAUAUUGAGGGUUCAUACCGGGUCCUGCAGACCCCUGGCAUAAGGCUGGGAGCCCAGUUCAAUGCUGGUAUCAGCACUUUGGAGCCGGGCCAGAGCCUCAGUGGCAACGUGACCAGCGGGAGCAAAAGUCAUGGGCGAGGAGAACUACAAAUCCGUGUGCAGGGGCUGGACGACUCCCAGGAGUUCUUUGAUAUUGACCCAAAAGCUAUUGGACAGGUCCUCCUCUCUGAGGUUUUCCGGAGAGGCAACCUCAUAGAGAGUGAUUACUUUGGCCUCGAGUUUCAGAACAUGCAGCUGAACUGGGUUUGGCUUGAACCCACAAAACCCGUUUCGAGACAAGCUCGAAGACCAGCAAAUACGCUUUUUAGACUGUCAGUGAAAUUCUUUCCUCCAGACCCCGGUCAGCUGCAAGAGGAGUACACAAGGUACUUAUUCUCGCUGCAGAUGAAACGAGAUCUGAUGGAGGGCAGGUUGAUCUGCACAGAAAAUACUGGAGCCCUGCUGGCCUCUCACCUCGUCCAGUCGGAGAUUGGCGACUACGAUGACGUAGCAGACAGGGACUUCCUGAGGAUGACCAAGCUGUUGCCUUACCAAGAGAAGGUGCAAGAGAGGAUCAUGGAGCUCCACCGCAGGCACCUGGGCCAGACUCCAGCCGAAUCAGACUUCCAAAUCCUGGAGAUUGCCCGUAAACUGGAGAUGUAUGGCGUCCGUUUCCACCCAGCAGCUGACCGAGAAGGCACCAAAAUUAAUCUGGCUGUUGCUCAUAUGGGCCUUCAGGUUUUUCAGGGCAACACAAAAAUAAAUACUUUCAAUUGGUCCAAGAUUCGCAAACUGAGCUUCAAGAGAAAACGGUUCCUGAUCAAGCUCCACCCAGAGGUUCAUGGCCCCCAUCAGGACACUCUUGAGUUUAUGAUGGCCAGUCGAGACCAAUGUAAAAUCUUUUGGAAGAUCUGUGUGGAAUACCACUCAUUCUUCCGUUUGUUUGACCAACCCCAACCCAAAUCCAAAACUAUCCUCUUCACCAGAGGCUCUUCCUUCAGAUACAGUGGAAGGACCCAGAAGCAACUUGUGGACUAUGCCCGGGAAAAUGGAGCAAAGAGAACUCCAUACCAGAGGAGGAACAGUAAAAUACGAAUGUCUGCUCGCUCCCUAGCCACAGAUGUGCCAAAACAGAGCUUGUCAUUCAAUGACAGCCUCAGGGCCCCAGGCUCCCCCUACUCCGCUACUGUGUCCUUCUACGCAGCGCACAUCUCCAGCGUCCCCCCGCGAACAGAACUCCAAACUCAGCCACAGCCUUUUCCCACACUGAGCCGGUCUCCCGCACCUCCCCAGCACCAGCAGCUUCAGUCCCCUCUGCAAGCUACCAGACCCCCCAGCCCUCCGAAGGAAGAACCCGUCAAGGCUGCUUCCCCAUCUCACUACACUUUUCAAGAUUCAGUCGUGGACAGUCCUCAGCUCUCACCCUUCAACUCCAAAGAUGCCCUCUGCCUGUCGCCCUCCUUCCAGAUGUCGACCCUCAGCCUGCCAGGCCAGGCCCCGUCGCCCCUGCAAAGCCCCAUCCUAAACGAGGUGGGCAGCAAUGCCAAGCUAGAGGAGGAGGAAGAGGGCAGGAGGAAGCGAUAUCCCACCGACAAGGCCUACUUCAUUGCCAAAGAGAUUCUGACCACAGAGCGGACGUACCUGAAAGACCUCGAGGUUAUCACUGUGUGGUUUCGCAGCGCUGUGAUCAAAGAAAACGCCAUGCCCGAAGGCCUGAUGACCCUCCUCUUCUCCAACAUCGACCCCAUCUAUGAGUUCCAUCGAGGCUUUCUCAAGGAGUUAGACCAGAGGCUGGCUCUCUGGGAGGGACGCUCUAAUGCUCACGUCAAAGGGGACUACCAGAGGAUUGGUGAUGUGAUGCUGCGGAACAUGUGUGCUCUAAAAGAAUUCACCAGCUUCCUGCAGAAACAUAAUGAGGUGUUAACAGAGCUGGAGAAAGCCACCAAGAGGCUGAAGAAGCUUGAGACGGUCUACAAAGAGUUUGAGCUGCAGAAAGUCUGCUACUUGCCCCUCAACACAUUCCUGCUCAAGCCCAUCCAACGCCUCAUGCACUACAAACUCAUCCUGGAGAGACUGUGCAAGCAUUAUGCUCCCACCCACCGUGAUCAUGACGCCUGCAAGGAGGCUCUGAAGGAAGUGGCUGAGAUAGCCACUCAGCUCCAGAGCAGUCUCAUCCGGCUGGAGAAUUUCCAGAAGCUAACAGAGCUGCAGAGAGACCUGAUUGGUAUAGAGAACUUAACCGCGCCAGGCAGGGAGUUCAUACGAGAGGGAUGUCUGUACAAGCUUACCAAGAAAGGACUGCAGCAAAGGAUGUUUUUCCUGUUCUCAGACAUGCUCCUCUACACAAGCAAAGGUGUUACAGCGACCAAUCAGUUCAAAGUGCAUGGCCAGCUGCCCCUUCACGGCAUGAUCGUUGAGGAAAGUGAAAAUGAGUGGUCAGUCCCCCACUGCUUCACCAUCUACUCUGCUCAGAGGACCAUUGUUGUGGCUGCCAGCUCUCAGGUGGAGAUGGGGAAGUGGAUUGAGGACCUAAACAUGGCUAUUGACAUGGCCAAGAAGUCCCAAGAGAAAUCCAGCAUCUUUUUUGACGCUGGACUCGGCGAUCACUCAAACCGAUCAUCUGAUGAGGUUUCUCUGGAGCAGGAGUCGGAGGACGACAUGAACUCUUCCCGCACAUCUCUGGACAAGCAGACACACCACCGCGCCAACACCACCAUGCAUGUGUGCUGGCAUCGCAACACCAGUGUGUCUAUGUCUGAUCACAGCCAGGCGGUGGAGAACCAGCUGUCAGGUUACCUCCUGAGGAAGUUCAAGAACAGUAAUGGCUGGCAGAAACUCUGGGUUGUUUUCACCAACUUCUGCUUGUUCUUCUACAAGACUCACCAGGAUGACUUCCCGCUGGCUAGCCUCCCCCUGCUCGGUUACACGGUCAGCACCCCCGACGAGUCGGACAGCAUUCACAAGGAGUACGUCUUCAAGCUGCAGUUCAAGUCCCAUGUUUACUUUUUCCGGGCAGAAAGCGAGUACACCUUUGAAAGAUGGAUGGAGGUGAUUAAGAGCGCAGCCAGCACUACGGGCCGGAUGAGCCUGCUCACACCCAAAGGAGGUCCCAUGGAGAUAAACGGAAACUGAAUCAAACAUCAUGUAUCUGGAGGCUGGGCCUCUGGGACAUCAGAAACACAAUCCAGUCUUGUUUUCGGUGUCUUUUAUUUUUUUUUUUUAUUAUGUGAAGGGAAGACUAUAACAACUGGAGACUGAAAUAUAUAUACUGCCAGUUUGAGUGUUAACGGUUCUCAGCCCAAGGAUUUAAUUCUAAUGGUCUGUGCAUGUUUCUUGAUUAAUGAUGUAAAUGAUAACAUUUUGUUUCAGUAUACAGGAUAUAAUGAAAAGGGAGACGUGUACAUUUUUGAUCAGUUUUUUGCAUGUGUAUUGCUGUUCACACACGCUGAUGGGAAAUACUGUUAUAUGGGACCAACUCCAACGCAAAGGGCUUCACUUCAAGCUUUUUGAAGGACUUUUCUAUUUUGCACAUAACUGAAGCUUUGUUGGGCACAGCACUGUGCUAGGACUGGGACACAGAUGACACAGCAUGUUGAAAAUGAAGGUACGGGAUAGUAUGUGCUUAAUGCAUUGUACUUUGAAAGAGUCAGGUGUGUGUGAGAGAGAUGUAGGCGAGCAGAAAGUUCACGGGAUGUUGAAACAAGUUCAUGAGUAGAAGUCAUUUAAUUUUGGAUAUGCAUAGGGAGUUCUGAGAAAGUUGUGCUGCUCUUAGGACAGUGACACACAAGCAAUUUUGGUUUCAAACAUUUCGGAGUGUUUUCAACCUGUAUGGACUGUUGGUAUAAGCAGUAUUCUAUGAGGCUUUAUUUUCCUGUGAAUGAAGGGAUGUUUUGAAUGUUUAAAAGGGAGCUGUUCUGCUUACAUCUGAAGGUAGGCAGCGUUAUGGCCAGUUUGGUGCUACAUUUCUCUUUAAUAUCAAAUGUAAUCAAAUGUAUCCUGUUUUUUUUUGUUUUUUUUUCCUUUUGUAUAGGGAUAACAAUUUGAGGAAAUAUUGUGCAGUGGUUACUCUAGUGUGUACUCUUUGUAAAAGUUACAGAUUUUCCUUCUAAAAGCAAACCAGAAGAACAUAUUUUGAAGUAAUUGUACUUGGUGAUGUCUUGCUGUAUGUCGAACUGUUUUAGACUAAUGGGAGCUGACUUUUGGGAAACACCAGCGAUGCUUAUUGUCAGUUAUUUAGUGUGCUACAUGCACACAUGGUAUUAUUUGGUAUAAUUUUUGUACGAAGACUGGAAUCUUUUUGUUGUCUGCGUGUGUGUCUGUACAUGUGUGUCUCUGCCUGCCACUGGAGACGAUCUCCAAACCAUCUGACAUUCUGUGUGUAUGUGUAAGAGACUGACUGUUUAACAUACAGAAUGUUUCUCCUAUUUAUUAGCAUGUCAUCAGGGCCAUGCUCCUGAAUGCCCCAUGUAGUCUUCAUGUUUUUCUGUUGAAACCCUAACAAAUAAAAGAUUGUUGCAGUCACA